CCCCCGCCAGUCCCGGCUGGGUGGAGGCGCGCCGGCAGCGCCGCGUCCUUAUCAAUGGGCCGGGCGGCUUAGCGCGCGGCCGCCCUGUCGGAGGGGGAGCAUUGCCCCGGCCCGCUGCGGGUCAGGUGGCCCAGCCAUGGCUCCUCGGGGCGCGGUGGCCCGCAGGGGCUCGGGACACCGCGCGGGGUGCUGAGCUCCCGAGCGGGCCAAGCGCACGGGCUGGCGGCCGUCGUGGCGCCCGCGGAGAGCGCACCUGGCACCAUGAGUCCCCGCCCGUCCCCGCCGCUGCGGCUGCUACCGCUGCUGGGGCUGCUCGCUUGCGCCGGGCACACGGUUGGAGCCCUGCCUCGGCUGUGUGACGUGCUGCGAGUGCUGCAGGAGGAGCGGGACCAGUGCCUGCAGGAACUCUCCAGAGAGCAGACGGGAGACCUGAGCAUGCAGCAGCCAGUGCCAGGCUGCAUGGGGCUGUGGGACAACACGAGCUGCUGGCCGUCCUCUGCGCUGGGACAGACUGUGCAAGUGGCCUGCCCGAGGUUCCUCCAGCUGCUCACGAGCAGAAACGGUUCCAUGUUUCGAAACUGCACACACGACGGCUGGUCAGAAACCUUCCCCAGGCCUGACCUGGCCUGUGGGGUUAACGUGAAUGACUCCUCCAACGAGAAGCGGCACUCGUACCUGCUGAAGCUGAAGGUCAUGUACACGGUGGGCUACAGCUCCUCCCUGGUGAUGCUCCUGGUGGCCCUCAGCAUCCUAUGCGCCUUCCGGAAGCUCCACUGCACGCGCAACUACAUCCACAUGCACCUGUUCGUGUCCUUCAUCCUGCGUGCCCUGUCCAACUUCAUCAAGGAUGCCGUGCUCUUCUCUUCGGAUGACGUCGCCCACUGUGAUGCCCACAGGGUGGGCUGCAAGCUGGUCAUGGUCUUCUUCCAGUACUGCAUCAUGGCCAACUACGCCUGGCUGCUGGUGGAAGGCCUCUACCUUCACACACUCCUUAUCAUCUCCUUCUUCUCAGAAAGGAAGUACCUCCAGGGAUUUGUCGCCCUCGGGUGGGGUUCUCCAGCCAUUUUUGUUGCUUCGUGGGCUAUCACCAGGCUCCUUCUGGAAGAUGUUGGGUGCUGGGACAUCAACGCCAAUGCGUCUAUCUGGUGGGUCAUUCGAGGGCCUGUGAUCCUGUCCAUCCUGAUUAAUUUCAUCCUUUUUAUAAACAUUCUAAGAAUUCUGAUGAGAAAACUUAGAACCCAAGAAACAAGAGGAAAUGAAGUGAACCAUUAUAAGCGGCUGGCCAAGUCCACCCUCCUGCUGAUCCCCCUCUUUGGCAUCCACUACAUCGUCUUCGCCUUCUCCCCAGAGGACGCCAUGGAGAUCCAGCUGUUUUUUGAAUUGGCCCUUGGCUCAUUCCAGGGACUGGUGGUGGCUGUCCUCUACUGCUUCCUCAACGGGGAGGUGCAGCUGGAGGUUCAGAAGAAGUGGCGGCAGUGGCACCUCCAUGAGUUCCCGCUGAGCCCCGUGGUCCUCAGCUCCUCCUUCAGCAAUGGCACCAAGGCCAGCACCUCGGAGCAGAGCCAGACCACCUGCAGGGGCAGUGUCAUCUGAGAGAAUGGAGUGGGGCCACCAUGGACAGAGGCUAACAUGGCUCCUGAGAGGGCUGGACGCUGAUCCCGGACAGCCCGUCUUCCCAGAUGACACCCUGUGUGGGCAAUGACCCUCUCCCAGGCCUUGGAUUCCUCAGAACUGAACAGAAGGGACUUGGGACACCAUGGCACAGGAUAGGGCCUGGGAUUUGGUCUGUUUGCUCUUCUGGGAAGAGCAAUUCGGGGGUCCCCAAAGGUAGCAGGGAAAUAAAUGGGACCUGGGA